AUGACACGAUCAAGGCGUCCUCGGCCCUCCUACGUGAUGGAGGGCGACGACUUUGCGGGUGACGACUCGGACUCGGACUUCAACCCCGGCAUUGAACCGACCGUGGAAGAUGACGACAUGGACGUGGAUGUGAACGAGGUCAAGGCUGAGGAGGAAGAUGGCAACUACGGUGACGAGAUGGAGGUGGACUACGUGCCCAGCAAGUCCAGCAAAUCCAAGACCAAGGCCGUCAAGCCGACUCUCAAAAACACGCCGCGAAAAAUGCCUGUGAAAAAGAUUCCGACGACAAAGGCGGCGGCUGCCAACAAGGAGAAUGGAGAGGACCGAAAGGUGGCUCUCAAAGACCGGUUCAACCUGUUCUACGGCUUUGAUGAGGCUUCGCGGGUCAAGGGUAAUGCUAUCCGUCAAACCUGGGGUAACGUGACCUACGCGUGGGGCAAGAAUAUCAUGACGCCCAAUGUGACGUUCGAGACGCCUCCUGACCUCAAAGUCAACGUGGCUGAGCAGUUUGGAACUGCCGAAAAGGGCGAUGAUCUCACCACCCUUGGUCCUUCAAUGUCUCUUUUGAAUAGCACCGGUGAAGAGACCACUCUGGCCCCCAAGACUAGCUCUUCCUGGAAAGCCAGUGGAGGCGAUCAGGAUGCACCUAACCCAGCUUCGGUAAUUAACGCUGGAGCUCCUGUUUCGUCUGUCGCCUGGGCCUACGGACACACCGUGGCCCAGUACCUGGCGGUCUCCACUCUCAACAGUUCUCUGUCAGACUCCACCACCGGUCUGCCAGAAUCCACAGACCCGACGUUCAAGGCCUUUGCCUGCAAUACUGGACCUGGAACGAUUCAAAUAUGGAAGUUUAGCCCACAGCCAUCACUGAACCAGGUAUUCACGUUUGAUUUCGGCUUCGCUUCGGAAAUGGCCUUCCAACCCAGAAACCAGGAUGAUGCUCGAGACAGUGUAGGACUACUGGCCUCUGUUUUCCAAGACGGCUCUGUGCGUGUUUUUGAAGUGCCCUACAACAAUAACGACGAACCCGUGCACAUGACUCUCAAGGCUCCCUACAGAACAUUUAUGUUGGCCAGCUCAAAAGCCACCUGCUUGUGUUGGAGAGGACCCACAGUCAUUGUGGUCGGAUACACAGACGGAAAGAUUGCCGAGUUCGAUAUCUCAGACACAGACGAUGAAACCGCACUGAUACCGUCGUACUUUCUGCCCAUCCACUCCACCUACGUAGCCUCCAUUGCCUGUGGCUACCCCGUCGACUCACAUUUGGUGUUUUCCUCGUCGCCAGACGGUUUCUGUAAACUCACAGACGUCUCUGAUGCUCGUCACACUCGGGCUAUCAACCUACGAGUCAUUGACUACACACCUGCGGUGGCGUACCAGAGCCAUGUGUCUUCGUUCACGUGUUUGGAGGAUUCCGAGACUGUUCGAGUCUUGCCCACUCGACAGCUGAACCUGUACAAGUCUCUGACUUCUGUCACACGACACCAGACGCACGCUAUGAGUGUGGGUACCUCCAUCAACCAUCCGUUUGUCAUUUCUGGAGGCUCGGACGGAACUGUGGCUAUGGGUAACUGUGUCAGAAGAGUCAUGGUGGGCGCUCGAUACACGCACUCGUACGCCUUUACCAUUCUGUGGCGAUUCGAGUACUCCAAGAAGGAGAAUAGGUAUCGAUUGUUCGAUGGACUGCGCUCGGACGGGUUUGUCAAGGCCACAAACUCGAAGAACAGGGUGACUUUCCCUGAAAACGUCACCGUCACAUCCGUCCAAUGGAACAACAACGCCGCUACUGGAGGAUGGUAUGCUGCUGGUCUCACUUCAGGGCUUGUGCGCGUUGAUUGUGUUGUUUAA